GGGAACUCUUCUGCUGAAGCUCGAGUUCUUGGAUGCGAGUUUGAUAUCGUAGGCUCAACUUGGCUACCAACCGCAUGCCUGGACAAAACAACAUCUGACGAAUUCGAAGCAUGGUUGUCAAGCGAAGAGCGGAAUCCACCAUGGCCAUUCUUCGCAGAUGACUCGGCGGAAAGCUGGAUUCCUGACCGAGAAGCACUAUCAGAAUUAAGCAACACUGUGGUAUAUACGACAUUUGAAUACCAUCUCGGCCAUUGCGCUUUUACUUGGAGAAGGAUGCAUAGGUCCAUGGGAAAUAGAAGUUGGCCGAGUGUGUGGACGACACCUUUUGAUCAUACCAUACACUGCACGAAUAUGCUGUUA